UUCGUAAUAAUUCUCAUCAAUCGCCUAACAAAUUUUAAGUCAUCCGGACAUUUUUCUCGCAAUCUAAUAUCACAAAUAUUUGCUUCGUAUCAAAAAGAUAAUUCUCCCUAUCCAAAAAUUAUGUCAGAAUACCCGUCUAUCACUAACCCCUCGUUACAUGAUAAAAAAAAUAACGAAGUUUUGGUUUAUCACCAUAUCGAGACCGUUGGUCAAGCAGUUUUUUCUAAACCGCGACGAUUAUCUGCUGAUAUUAACGCUGCUAAAAUAGCAAGCAAUUUGAAUUUAUGCUUUCGCAAGGUAUUAUCCACCCUUCUAAGAGUCUGUGGGCGAGCUCGUUACAUAUGGUAAAAAAACAAAACGGAGACUGCAGGGCUCCCAAAUGGUCCGUUUUUCAGAGCUAAGUCCGUUUUAGUCCGCUUUUUAACGAUUUGGUCCGUUUAGUACUAUUUUGAAAUCAUUCAAAAGAUUUUUUUUUAAAAAAAGCGUCUCAAUUACUUUAAAAUUGCGAUUUUAGCUGACAACCUUAGGUCACCCCACGAAAGGGGGCUGGAAAACAGGUGGCUGGCAUGUAGGACCAAUCAUAUCAAAUGUCAGCCCUCCAAACUUUCUCUUGGAACAAGCCAUAAAUCUUAACAAAGGUUAAACAAAAAAAAAGAGGUAGGUUUAUCCAAUUAGUUAAGCUCCCUGCUGUGGUUGACUUCUGAGAAAAUUGAAAGAAGCUGACUAGAUAUAAGAAGUGUGUCAAAUGUGAUAUAUUGCAACUGGCUCAUGGGACAUUGCAAAUACAGCCACAUUAUUUUACUUUCAGCUGCUGUUGCUUGAAUUCUACUAUAUUUUAAAAGUCAUCAAAUCAAGAAUAUUUUGUUAAUGGUGUAUCAGAGAAGACAUUCUAAAAUAAAGUUUAACAAAAAUGGGAAAAUGUAAAUUUGACAGUCGAUGGUUGGAGAAAACUGAUGAAGAUGGACAUAAGAUUUAAGAUUGGGGAAAGGAAGAAAAAAAACAGUUUAGUAUGUGACAGUUUAAUCUCGAUUGAGAAAGGAUUCAAGGCCAUCAAAAAACAUUAUGAGACUGUUAAACACAAGAACAAUUUUAAACUGAAGAAGGACUCCUCGCAGUUACAUCUCUCAUUUUGUGGGACUUCUGACGAAGACAAUUCAAAUAAGAUGCCAUCUUUACAAUUAUAUUCUUCUAAAGAAGCUGCUUUACGCGCUGAACUGAUCUGGUGCAUGAAAGUAGUUGCAUGCAACAUGUCGGUAGAAACGACUAAAGACAUUGCUCAUUUAUUCAAAGGAAUGUUUCCUGGAGCUAUUCCGGAGCAAUUUUCUUUGAAUCCAACCAAAGCAAGCUACUUAAUAACAGAUGCGCUUGCUCCGUAUUUUAAAGAAAUGCUUUUAACAGAAGUACAGGGAGCUUUCUUUUCAAUUCAGUAUGAUGAGACAACCAACAAUGCGGGACAGAAAGAACUGCAAAUUUUAAUAAGAUUUUGGUCGGAAUCCACAGGAGAAGUGUGCACAAAACAUCUGGAGAGUGUUUGCAUGGGGCAUGCCACAGCAGAAGACAUAAAGAAAAACAUUUUGAAAUGUUUAGACAAUGCAAACCUGCCUCUUUGUAAGAUAUUAAUGUUAGGAAGUGAUGGGCCAAAUGUUAAUAAAAAGGUAUUUAGACUGAUCAAUGAAGAAAUGAAAUUGGUUCGAAAUGAAGGGCUGUUUGAUGUAGGCUUCUGUAAUAUUCAUAUCAUGCAUAAUGCAUUUCAAAAGGGGUUGGGGGAACUAGGAUGCGAUGCAUCAGAUUUAAUUAUUGGCCUUUUUAACUAUUUCCAAGACUGGCCAUCCCGCUGGGAAGACUUUUCCAACAUCCAAAUGAAGAAGAAAGUGCCAAACUUGCAUUUCCUUAAGCACGUGACUUCAAGGUGGCUCACUCUCGAACCUGCUGCAAACAGAGUUCUGCAGCAGUGGGAUGCGAUUGUGGAGUAUUUUUUAAAUUAUAUUCCAUCAAAACAAUCAAGACUAAUGGCCACAAUCAGUUACAAAAAAAUUUUAUCUUUCUUGCAAAAGAAAAGUAUGAGAGCUGAGUUGAAUUUUAUCUGCACAAGCUCUUCAUUAUUCACUAAAUUCACAGGUUUAUUUCAAAAAGAAGAGCCAUUAAUACACGUGUUAUUUGAUGAAAUCAAGGAGUUAUUAUUAACUAUAAUGGGACGCGUUUGCAAAACAGAAGCUGUAACAGAAUUCAGGCAAGAACCGAGCCUAGAUGCUUUCAAAGCAGAAAAUUUGUUGAAAGGAAAGGAUAUUUUUUUCAACGAAUCACUUUUAAGCUGCCUGUCAUCACUUUCACAAAAUGAAAGAGACAAUUUUACUUUACGUGCUAGACAGCACUAUGUUGCUGCUGGAGAUUACAUUUUAAAAAAGAGAAUUGUCACUGGAAAUGGAGUUUUAGAAGCUUUAGGUUGUAUGCAACCUGAGAAGAUCAAGAAUCCUCAAAGUUUGAAGGAUAUUGUGAAAAUUGCUAGUUUAUUACCCAUAGAAGUAAAUACCGAUCACCUCAUUGAUGAGUGGAAGUUAUUGCAAUUAGAAGACAUUAAGCAAUGUGAUGGUCGGAUAGACCAUUAUUGGAACACUUUGCUGAAAGAUCAAUUAAAGUACACUAAUCUUAGCAAAGUAAUUAAACCAGCAUUAACUCUUAUCCACGGUAGUGCAGAUGUGGAGCGAGGAUUUUCUAGAUCAGCUAGAAUAAUGACUGAGGAUAGAGCCUCCAUGUCAAUUCGGAUGUUAAAUGCAAGAUUGACUGUUAGCGAUGCUCUUAAAGUAUAUAAAAAUAAACCAGAAGUAGUUCCUGUGACAAAAAAGUUCCUCAAUUUAGCUAGUGUAGCUUAUAAAAGCUAUAACUAUAUUGAACAGGAAAGAAAAAAAAAAAGAGGAAGAAGCAAGAAAAAUUAAAGAGGCUGAUGACUUGAAAAAAGGAGCAGAAGAAAGUCUUUUGAAAUUAAAUAGGAACAAACAAGACAUUAAAAGUUUAUCAACCGAGUUGAAAGCUG